AUAGUCAUAGAAUGGGGAGAUGAUGUCAAAACAAUAUCAGAAGAUGAAGCUGUGAUGCUAGUGAACCAUCAAGCAACAGGAGAUGUUUGCACUCUAAUGAUGUGCCUUCAGGACAAAGGCACGGUUGUUCGUCAGAUGAUGUGGCUGAUGGAUCAUAUUUUUAAAUAUACAAACUUUGGAAUUGUAUCUCUAAUUCAUGGAGAUUUCUUUAUAAGACAGGGAAAAGCUUACCGUGACCGGCAGCUUGUGCUUCUCCAGGAACAUCUAGAAAAAUAUUACAGGAGCCGUGACCGCAAGUGGAUUGUACUAUUUCCAGAAGGUGGUUUUCUUAGAAAAAGAAGAGAAACCAGUCAGGCAUUUGCCAAGAAAAACAAUUUGCCAUUUCUUACACAUGUUACAUUGCCAAGACUGGGGGCUACACAAAUAAUACUGAAAAAUCUGGUAGCUCAGCAAGAAAAUGGAACUCUGGCAAGUGGAAAUGCUGCAGAAGCAGGUAUGGGUUUUCUUAAAGGUUACUUCAGACCCUUCUAUAAUUAACUCAUGCUAAUUGUUCCUUUAAAAAUGCCAGAGGAAAUUUGUUCUUGGUUCAUUUAACUGCUUCUGUUUAACUGUUUUUGGAUCAUAAAAUACUGCAUACAUAUAUUUGUUUAGGAUGGUUAUUGCCAGUGACGGUGAGCGAAUUUUCAAUAGACAGUGAUGUAUAAAUUAUUGCUUCUGUAUCUUUGACUUUUUUUCCUGUUGCACAUCUUAUUACAAACCUUAUCCCAGAAGAAGUACAUAUAGCCCCCUCACCUACAGUGUAACAGGAUUCAAAAUUUUGCUCUGUUGGUUGCCUUUAAAACAGUUAUACUAGGGUCAUUUCCUCCUAGUUUAAAGCAGUAAUAUCCCUUAAGGUGUCUGCAGAAUGGAAAAUGAAAACUACCAGCUUCAUAUCAUGGAUGUGAGUUCAGAAGAAGCUCUAGCAUCCAGUAGUCUCAUAAAAGGAAAUAGACUAUCUUUCCAUCUCCCUUCCCCCACUUCUUUUGGUCUCUUUUUAAUAACAGUGUAGCUGUAGUAUCACCAGCUUCAUUUCUUCUUCAAAUGAACAAAACACUUAUUGGCAAUUCCGUAAUACAACAUUACAAGCACCAAGUGCUUGGAACAGAAAAAGGCAGAGAAAGACAUCCAGAACUUUAGCUGGGCUUGACAGUGAAAGCUCCCGUGAUUAUCUAAAAUGUUUGGAGCACAUAGGGCAUAUGUUAAUUGCACCUAACUGUUCAGUGUGACUUGAAUGUAUGCCCUUACUUCUCACAUAACUGUUACAGGCCAUCUGCUCAUCUUAGAACUGAAAGGUGCCGAAAAAGACAACUAAAAUAAUCAAGAGACUGGAGCACCUCCCUUAUAGAGAAAGACUAAAAUGUUUGGGCUUUUUAGCUUAGUUAAAGGUUGAGUAAGAGGGGGUGCUCCUUCAUGGAUCACUGCCUUGUUGUGGCGAAGGGUCUUGCGUAGCGCAAUGAAGCUAUGAGCUAUGC